CGCUCUCCUGAUAUCACGUGAGACCGAGACUCCGCCCCGCCUAGCGCAGCCUCCGCCAUGUUGUUUUUCCUCCAGGGUCCCCUCCCCCCGUCGUAGGCAGCGGCGUUCGAGUCGCAGGUGACUUCGAAUCCAGCUCUUGGUCCUUUUUCUGCCUCCUAGAACUGGAUGUCAACAGGAUCCAUUUUUUGAAACUAUGGCAGCAAAAUCAUCACUUCUUAAAGUAAUCCUUUUAGGAGAUGGAGGAGUUGGGAAGAGUUCAAUUAUGAACAGAUAUGUCACGAACAAGUUUGAUACCCAGCUGUUCCACACAAUAGGUGUAGAGUUCUUAAAUAAAGACCUUGAAGUGGAUGGACAUUUUGUUACAAUGCAGAUAUGGGACACCGCAGGUCAAGAACGUUUUAGGAGCUUACGGACUCCUUUCUAUAGAGGUUCUGACUGUUGUCUUCUCACUUUCAGUGUAGAUGACUCUCAAAGCUUCCAAAAUCUGGGUAACUGGAAAAAGGAAUUCAUUUACUAUGCAGAUGUCAAAGAGCCUGAAACAUUUCCUUUUGUGAUUCUGGGUAACAAAAUUGAUAUAAAUGAGAGGCAAGUGUCUACGGAAGAAGCUCAGGUUUGGUGCAGGAACAAUGGCAACCAUCCUUACUUUGAAACGAGUGCAAAAGAUGCCACUAACGUUGCAGCUGCUUUUGAAGAAGCUGUUCGAAGAGUUCUUGCCACCGAUGAUGGGACAGAUCACUUGAUUCAAACUGAUACAGUAAACCUUCACCGGAAACCGAAGUCUAGUUCAUCAUGCUGUUGACUACUUAGUUUAUUUCUUGGCCAUAUAGUUCUAACUUAACAUGGAGAAAUAAUAGAUCAAAUAUGAUACAGCGAGUGCCACUCUAAUAUAUUAAACUGUAAUAUUUUACUGCUUUGCGUGUUGGGUAGAGGAGAACUUUUUUUCAAUAAGUGACCUAUUACUGAAUUAGCAGUGUCUGAUAUUUGGGAAGGUACCAGCUCAGAAUUCACUUAAUAUAAGUGUAACUUAAAAAUUGAUAAAUUAUAUACUAAAACUUGAAAGUUCUAGAAGCACUUCUUGAGGGACUCAUUCUGAAAUUGAGAUGCAGAAUAAACAUUUUAUAUGUAUGUAUUUUUGAGAUCACCAGUCCAUGUUUUGCUUCACUAAAACUUUUCAUAAAGCAAUAAUGCUAGAUAUUAAAAAUAUGGUAUUGUUCCGAGUGUUUUUCUUUUUUUUAAUUCUAAAUGAAUAGAAACAUCUUAAGGGCUUUUGUUGUUUGCCUAGUGUUACUACACUGCCUGUAGAUUUUUAAAUUAGGAAAUAAAUCUGCAUACAUAGA